AGUUGCCCAAACAUUUCAGCACUCCACAAACUUACAUUACCGUAUCAAGCAACAUUACAGCUCGACGACGCCAAUCCUGCCGAAGCCUUGAAACAUAGAUUCGGGCUUAAGUUAUUGGUUGAAGUCUAGAUACAAUGUCGAACAAACCAGUGUUCGUAGCAACGCACCCUAGGGCAUGCUCAACAGCAUUUGAAAGGGUCUUCAUGACCCGACGCAACAGCAUCCAAACCAUCCAUGAACCGUUCGGAGAUGCCUUCUACUAUGGGCCGGAGAGAUUGGGCACCCGAUUCGAGAAUGACGAAGAAGCUCGGGAGAAGAGCGGAUUCGCUGGGUCGACUUUCAAAACGAUUAUGGAUCGCAUCGAGCGAGAAGCAGCUGAGGGCAAGCGUGUCUUUAUCAAAGACAUCACGCACUACCUCUUGCCUCCAAAUCAAGCACCAGCUCGACUGGCUCCUUCUCUUCAGAGGUUGAAGCGGGGCGUUGGCACAGACGAUCGUUCAUCGAGUGCAGACCGCGACGGCAAAGAUGCAGAAGUCGUCGCCAGUGACCACGAUUCGGGCGUCGUUGUCACUCCGGCGGCCAGUCCGCCCAGAAGCCCCGGUUCUCCGUCAAAGUCUCCUCCGUUUCCAUACGAGCAGUCUGAGGCCGAGGCCGACAAUCCAACGGUAGUCCCUCGUGAGAUCCUGGAGAAGUUCCAUUUCACCUUCUUGAUUCGGCAUCCAAAGAAUGCGAUCCCAAGUUAUUACCGUUGCUGCAUUCCGCCUCUGGUGGAGAGGACCGGUUUCACGCCAUUUAUGCCCGAAGAAGCCGGAUACGAUGAGCUGCGUCGUCUCUUCGACUACCUGAAGGACACAGGUAUUGUCGGACCAAAGGUCUGCGGCGCAAACGAUGGCAAGACAUUAAAGCCUGGCCAGGUCGAAAUUUGCGUCAUUGAUGCCGAUGACAUGCUCGAUGAUCCAGAGGGUAUCCUGCAGCAGUAUUGCGAGUCGAUUGGCGUUGACUUCAGCGAUGCCAUGCUGCAAUGGGACUCCGAGGAGGCUCAUGCGUUCGCCAAAGAGCAGUUCGAGAAGUGGAAUGGUUUCCACGACGAUGCCAUCAACUCGACUGAUCUGAAGCCGAGACAGCACAAGAAGAGCCCCAAGUCUGAUGAGCAGUUAUACUCCGAAUGGGUUGAGAAAUACGGCCGGGAGGCAGCUGACAUGAUCAAGAAGACCGUCGCCGAGAAUGUUGCGGAUUAUGAAUACUUGAAGCAGUUCGCCAUCCCUCAAAAACGUCAAGAUUGACUACUUGAGGACUGGGCGAUUCAAUUUUGAACCCCGUAACGAUGUUCACUCAGGAGUAGCGGGUAUGGGCGCGAGGAACGGCGUGCUGGAUUUUGCUAUUCGAACCGCACAGAAUGCACAGUUGUAACCAACGAGGCAUAGAAUAGGAUUAAAUUGGCGGAGGAAUGAAAGUAGUGAUCAGACUCUGAAGAAUGAGCACACGGGCGAAAGC